AUGUACGCUGCACAGCCCAACGGCGCCGAUAGUGCAACAAUCAAUCCAGCCGCGCUCAACACAGACCUGAUUGACCCUCCCCCUCGAGGCGUCAAGCGGAGCCGAUCCCCCGACGACUUCGGGGACGCAGGACCGCCAGGUUCGGCUGGUGAUGACGGUGGUGACAAGCCCAGAAAAAGAGGAAGACCGAUGAAGUCCCGCACAUCCGGGGGCGUUCCCGAGACCGCCGUCCCGGCACCUCUCCCGCCUCUCCCGCCUACCCCCCAGACCAUCCCACCGCAAACACCCCAGAGUCAAAAUGCGCCCUUGCCGGCCCAGACACCCACCUAUGCUCCGCCUCAAGCGUCGCCGCCGAAGUCUACCCCCACAAAGUCCACUUUGAAGGCGCUCCCGACCGUACGCGACCACACGACGGACCAGCUCGGUCCCGGCGGGGACGAGUACUUGCCGCGAGAGAUUGACGAGGCCGGCGAGAAGAAGGUGAUGCCCAACGGCCAGCUCACGGGGAAUCGCGAAUACCGCUGUAGGACUUUCCUUGUCCCGAACCGUGGGGAUAAACUCUUUAUGCUCGCCACCGAAUGCGCGCGCGUCCUCGGAUACCGAGACUCGUAUCUGCUUUUCAACAAGAAUAGGUCGCUAUUCAAAAUCAUUGCGAGCCAGGUUGAGAAGGAUGAUUUGGUGAACCAGGAGAUUCUGCCUUUCUCCUACCGUUCACGCCAGAUUGCCAUUGUGACUGCCAGGAGUAUGUUCCGCCAAUUCGGGAGCCGCGUCAUUGUCAAUGGGAGGAGGGUUCGCGACGAUUACUGGGAAACCAAGGCGCGCAAGCAAGGGUUCACAGAGGCAGACCCGGCAGGCGAGAAGCGACCGGGCGCCUCCAAGGCUCGCGAGGCCGAGGCGAACCACAGCACUUCGAUACUUGGAGCGCCCCAUGGCGAGAUCGUUUACAGCACCAACCCGGGCCAGUUCGGCGGUGCACCCCAACCACAGCUCGUUCAACCAGGUAUGCUUGGAGGACCGCCAGGAAGCUCAACCAGAAUGCCUGUGAUAACACUAGGACCAGACUAUAGCGAUACACGAAGCAGGGAUUAUUCGAGCAUCUUGAAAACGGGCCCCCGUCAGGAGAUCACCGGGCCACCUUACCAGGACCGGAUCCAGCCGUCUCCCAUUUCGGAAUUACAUGCCCAGGCCCAUCACGCGGCCGAGUUCAACCGGACUGUUAACCAGCAGCGAGAGAUGCGCAAUGAUUACAUGCAGAGCAUUUGGCGGAGACCGCAUGAGCAACCCCCCCCAACGACGCUGAGCCAGCCUGUUACCUCGGCCGAUGCUGCCGUACCGACCAGCCGCGCCGGCCCAGCACCCCACAGCAGCGCUAGUAACCUGCAGCAAUCCGGCAUCGUCCCCAACCAAAGCCCCAUGAUGAUGUCGGCCGCGCCCUACGCUCAGCCCAUCCAUGCACAGAACCCGGCCGGCCAGAACACACUGAGAGGUAUCACCCACGACCCAGCUCAGAGCACGUCAAGACCAGCAUAUCCGCCUUCGGGCUCCGCCGGCACUCUGCCGCAGGCCACGCAAAACUACAGUUACUCGCAGCCCCAGAUGUGGCCGCCUACGCCCCAAACGCCCCAGCACGGCUACCCCGCCUACACGACUCAAUCUCAACCUUCCCCUCACCCGCAGCAAUCACCCGCUCCGCAACUGCGACAUUCGAGCAGCUCAGGUCCGGUGCAGCCGGGAGGGGGUAUGUCCUACCCAGGAAUGCCCGGCAUGGGUCAGGGGUACGGCGGCGCAGGGGGCCAGGGGAUGUACUCGGCCGACCAAACGCCGCGGCAGUACAUGCAGCAGAGCCCGCAGGCACCGGCGGUCACCCAGGCUUGGUCGCAGCAACAGGCGCCGGGGCAGUGGUGGCAUAAUCAGCCACAAUGA